CUAAUAAAUUGCCAUAAUCUUGAGACUAAAUAUCUAUUACUAAAUGUAUAAUGCAUAUUUUGAUAUAAAUAAUUCAUAUUUAGACUAAAAAAUAAUUUUAAUUGUUUUUUAUUGUUACAGACGCAAUGACUUCACCAAAUUUAACAGUGCCAGCACCGACCAUUACGGACCGACAUUUUGUGAAACCGCUAUUAUGUGGACCUGGUCCAAGUGAUCUAUUGCCUUCAGUGGUGGAAGCUAUGUCCAAACCUAUACUAACGCCUAUAUGCGAUGAAUUGUUUAACGUACUAGACGAUAUUCGUUCAGGGAUCCAAUAUAUGUUUCAAACCCGAAGCAAGACCGUGCUGGCUGUGAGUGGCUCUGGGCAUCUGGGUAUGGAGACGAUUAUCACCAACUUGGUUGCGCCAAAUGAGACGUUACUGUUAGCCAGUCGAGGCAUUUGGGAAGAAAGAGCCUUGUCGAUUGCUAAGAGACGAGGUAUCAAAACUGUGGUUACCAAAGUUCCCUUUACGGCAACGUUUAGUUUGGAACACCUUGAGAGAAUGCUGAAGAAAGUAAGGCCGACUGCGCUGUUUAUAACACACGGAGACUCUUCGACCGGUACGGUGCAGAAAAUCGAAGGACUUGGAAAACUUUGUCAUAAAUAUGGAGCAUUGCUACUAGUAGAUACAGUAGUAUCUAUCGCAGCAGUUCCCUUCCUCAUGGAUGAAUGGGAAGUCGAUGGCGUAUACACGUCUACACAAAAAGCUUUGAGUGGACCCCCUGGUAUUUCACCAGUAGCAUUCAGCGCUAAAGCAGAGUGAGGGCUUUAUGAUUCUUGAUUGUAGUUAUAUUACUUGCUCUCUGCAUUUAUACUUUGACAAGCAGUGUGACCAAAUCCGGUCUAGGGGCAGGCGAGCUGGAUAAUGAAAUG